GGGACCUUGACGUGUCCAAGUUCGGGAGCCAUGCCGCAGGUGGAAAUGAUCCUAUGCGUUUCGCUGGUGUUAUGGACGUGUGUCUACGGCCAAGAGCCGGCCUCCAAGGUGGUGUCCGACCGCUAUGCGGUCUACUGGAACCGGACCAACCCCAGGUUCUACCGGGGUGACUACCACAUCGACGUGUGUAUAAACGACUACCUGGACGUCUUCUGUCCCCACUACCUGGACUCUGUCCCAGAGGAGCGGACAGAGCACUACGUCCUCUACAUGGUCAACUACGAUGGCUACAGCUCCUGUGACCACACGGCCAAGGGCUUCAAACGCUGGGAGUGUAACAGGCCCCACUCCCCAAACGGACCCCUGAAGUUCUCCGAGAAGUUCCAGCUCUUCACCCCCUUCUCUCUGGGCUUCGAGUUCCGCCCCGGCAGAGAGUACUACUACAUCUCUUCCACCAUUGCUGACAAUGGAAGGAGAAGUUGCCUACGACUGAAGGUGUUCGUCAGACCAGCAAACAAUUGUGUGAAAACUGUCAGUGUUCACGAUCGGGUCUUUGACGUCAAUGAGAGAGUGGACAAUUCCCUAGAACCAAGAGAUGACACCAGCCACGAGUCAGCUGAGCCAUCCCGAGGUGAUGUCAACUCCGUGGGCCGGGUUCAGACCGCCGGCUUGCUGGUGACCUCCUCCCUGUUUCUCCUGGCGGCCAUCUUGUCUUCAUAGCGCCCAGCCUGAGGGUUUUAGACAGAGCGGAGUGGACCGCCCUGACUGGACCACAGGCCCCCCAAGGAGCACUUUUUAAC